GGGAUUGUUAUUAUCGGAAAGUCGAUGGUUCCAUUCUCGUUGGGUAAUAAAAACUUAGACAAAAUUAAUCUAAAAUUUUACAGUACUAAAAAAAUACUCCUUCCAUCCCAUAAUUAUUGUCCAGUUUGAGUUUUCAUUUUUAGUUCAAAUUAUAUUAAAAGUGAAAUUUCAAACUGGAUAAUAAUUUUAGAAUGGAUUGAGUAUAUAAGAACAAUACAGUACAGUAUUUGAUUCAUUUAUUUUUUUUGAAAUUUGUAUUUGAUUUAUUUUAAUUAACUGAUUGAGUAUAUAAGAACAAUACAGUACAGUAUUUGAUUCAUUUAUUUUUUUUGAAAUUUGUAUUUGAUUUAUUUUAAUUAACUGAGAAAAGGGUAUAUAAGAACGAUACAGUACAGUAUUUGAUUUAUUUUAAUUAACUGAGAAAAGAAAUUUAAAUCCCUUUUUUUUCGCAAACCGACCUACAUUUUCUUAAGUUUAUAGAGUGCAAUUCUCCGGCUUUACUCUGUUCCAUACAAAGAAACGCAUAGUUCCUUUUGAGUCCUCUCCCGAGUCUCCGCCUAAUUUCUUCUCUAUUCUCAAGUCUCAACCAGCAACCGCCUCACACAGUCAAUGAGCAACAACAAUUCCGACGAGCAAAAGGCCCCGAUGAUGACAUCUUCCGACGAGGCGAAAGAAGUAGAGAAGCUCUACGAGUACGUCGAGCGUCUCAACGAAGCCAAAGAUAAAUCCCAGCAUACGGAUGAUUAUGAAAAUAUACUCAAGGCGGCGAAGAGUAACAGCAUCAAAGCAAUGCAAUUAGCGGCUCAACUCAUUCCGAGAUUCUUCAAGUUCUUCCCUGAACUUUCUGUUAAAGCUGUUGAUGCACAUCUUGAUUUGUGUGAAGCUUAUGAACUUGGGGUCCGCGUGCAAGCAAUUCGUGGGCUUCCUCUCUUCUGUAAGGAUACACCAGAUUAUCUUUCGAAAAUAGUAGAUAUUCUUGUUCAGCUUCUCACUGCCGAGGAAAAUAUUGAGCGCGACGCAGUUCAUAAAGCUCUUUUAUCCUUAUUGAGGCAAGAUGUGAAAGCUUCGUUGACCGCCUUAUUUAAGCACAUCGAGUCUGUUGAUGAACAGAUUACUGAUGAAAGUCUGAGAGAAAGGACCUUAAGCUUUAUCAGGGACAAGGUUUUCCCUCUCAAAUCUGAGCUGUUGAGGCCUCCAGAGAUGAUGGAAAGGCACAUUACUGAUUUGAUAAAGAAGAGCUUACAAGAUGUCACUGGAUCCGAAUUCAAGAUGUUUAUGGAUUUCCUUAAAAGUUUAAGCAUAUUUGGAGAGAAAGCUCCUACGGAACGUGUUCAAGAACUCAGUGGGAUGAUUGAAAGCCAAGCUGACCUAGAUGCUCAAUUCAACGUGGCUGAUGGGGAUCACAUUGCUAGGUUGAUCGCUUGCAUGUUUAUGGCUAUUCCAUUUUUCGAGAGGGGCGCAUCAAAUAGCAACUUUCUCAAUUAUCUGAACAAGCACAUCUUUCCUGUUUUUGAUAAGCUUCCUGAAGAUCGGAAAGUUGACCUGCUGAAGGAUCUCGCUGAGAGUUCUCCUUACACCACACCUCAGGAUUCAAGACAAAUACUUCCCUCAGUUGUUCAGCUUUUGAAGAGACACAUGCCAAUUCGAAGAGCAGGAGAAGAGAUGAACUUCACUUAUGUUGAGUGCUUAUUGUACACAUUCCACCAUUUAGCGCAUAAGGCUCCCAACGCCACUAAUAGCCUAUGUGGGUACAAGAUCGUUACUGGUCAACCCUCCGAUAGGCUUGGGGAGGACUUCUCUGAGCAUUAUAAAGAGUUUACAGAACGCUUGAAGUGUGUGGAAGAGCUAGCUAAGGCUGCCAUAAAGAAACUGAAUCAGGGAAUGGCUGAACAUAACAAAGCACUGGCUGGUGCUACUUCUGAUGACGCAAAAGCCAAAAUUAAAGCACAAAAGCAAAAUGCCGCCACUGGAUUGCGAACUUGCCAUAAUAUACUUGAUAUGACACAGCCUCUACAUUCCAAAUCACCAUCAUUCAUUGGUGACAAGAGAAUCAGCGUGUCUUGGAAAGAAGCUCCAAAAUCUUCUGUUACAUCAACUAGUGUUGGGGCCGGUAGAGGUAAACGCCCUGCUGGAACUAAUGGCUCCAACAUGAAUGCUUCAAAAAAGGGGCGUGGUGAUGGUGGAAUGCAAAAUCAAUUUCCUAGUAGGCCAUUUCAAGGUGCAACAUAUGGGGGCAGAAGUGGACCAAGAGGCCGAGGUUUUGGGAGAGGACGAGGAAGAAGUCAAGGUGGACGAGGAAGAGGAAGGGGCUAUUACUAGUUUGGUUGGCCGUAUCUAUGACCCAUAUUUACCACCUCUAGUCAAUAUAAACCAGUUGACAGAAAUAGUAGUCUUUUUUUUUUUUUUUGGGAAGUCAUGAAAUUUCUAUUUUGACAUGUAACUAUUAGCGGCAAAUUUUUUGGUCUUUCUAUUAACAAAAUCGACUACAAAGUAGACGGAAGGCAAAAUUUAUUGUUUUGUAUCAUUUUAUUUUUUCAUUUUUUACGGAAUUAUGAUUUAGUAAUUAAUCAAUUUCAAGUCUUAAGUUGAUA